AUGGCGGAGGCGGCCCCGCACUUGGAAAGCUUCUCUGAUGAAUCAUUUGAUACCAGUAGUGAGGAUGACGAUGAUGAUGACGACGACGAGACUGAUGAGGAAGAGAGUAGCGACGGCUCAGAUCCCUCAGACAAAGAAUCCGAGGCUGAUGACGAAGCUUCGCAGAGAAGAACCAGGAAAGCACGGGAAUAUCAGUCAGGGACGUCUGAGGAUGAUGAUGACGAUGAUGAUUAUGAUUAUGAAGUUGAUGAAGAAGACGAGAUACCUGCUCCGGCCAGCAGAAAGCAAUAUGCUUUGCCAGAGAACACGGACGACGAGGAUAGUCCAUCUCCCCGUCCUCGAAGGAAACUAAGGAACCCUCGACGACAGGCCAGGAAGUCAGUCGAGGAUCACUCGACCCCCAGAGCUAUUGAGCCCUCCUCCCCCAGACGUCGUAGGAAUGCCUCGUCUCCCCCCAGAGUCCCGUCAUCACGAGCGUCGACCGCUGCGGCGGCAGAGCUCAUGUCGGAGAUAUCGCCAAAGAAAUCUGCUAAGAAACGUGAUGCUGCUCGUCAAGAGGCCCGCCAUGAGGCCCGUCAAGAGGCUCGUCAAGAGGCUCGUCAAGAGGCUCGUCAAGAGGCCCGCCACGAGGCCCGUCAUGAUGCCCGCCAUGAGACUCACAGGAAGGCCAAAAUGGCAAAGUCGAGCCGGGGAAGUCUGCAGUCCUCCAACCGCCAAUCUAGCGUCAUGCUUUCCAGCACUAGCCAGCCAAUGACCCCAGACAGCAGAAGGGAAAGGCCACGUAAAAGGGAGAAGCACAGAGAGGAGAAACCUGUCAAGAAAUCCUCUGCAUCGCGUGAGUCGCGAGAGCACCACGAGCACGACAAGUCGGCAAGACGCCAGCGACGAAGAACCAACGAAGAUGAUGACUACCGCCACCACGGUCAUGAUGAAGAUGGCAUGCCACAAAGAUUCAUGGACAUGACACUUCAUGAAGAACCUUCUGAUAUGGAAGACGACGAUGACGAGGUCGUGGGGCCAGGGAUGGAACUUGGACUCGGCAUCUCUCCCACUAGCCGGCACAAGAAAGAACACCACAAGAAGCGCAGCAAAGCGAAAUACAGAGCUCAACAGUCGACUACCAUGCAGCCGCCGCCACCGCCUGCCCCAGAGCCGCCAAGAAGAAAGUCGGUUGAUGUGUUUGAUCAAGAGCCCGCGUUCCAACGAGCGGACACAUUCCCAUCUCCUCAAUCAAAGUCAUAUGAAUCCAAGUCAUACGAAAGAGGGCCCUAUGUCACAGAGGUCCCUAGGGCCCGAGGCUCCAGAGGGGGUUCUAUGGAGAGACGCCUUGCCGAUCGGUUCUCUGAGAACCGGCAAGGAAUGCCUCCUCGACAAGAUAUCCCACUCGCACCGCCCGUGCCCAUGUCUCCGAUGAUGCCUGGGGCACCUCCUCACUCACAGAUGCCAGGGGUACCGUUCGGUGGCCCUCACAUGGGGAUGCCGAUGAGGGGUCCCGGUAAUGUGCCACCGCCCAUGAUGAUGCCUCACAUGGCACCUCAGGUCCCAUUCAACAAUGCUGCUUAUGGCCAUUCAUACGGAGCUGUUCCAGCGUCGGCAAGAGAGCACAUGCAUGCCCACGAAUCCGAGCAUAGGCACCGGCACGAGUACGAUGAUGUCCCCAGAUCAUCAUCCCAGAUGGCAGGACUCGACGGAACCGGGGCCGGAAUGGACCGUGUCGAUGAGUGGCGGCGCUUCGUUGGAGCAGGAGGAGGGCCGGACGAGGUGCUUCGCACAUGCUGA